GCUUUCGCUUUCGGUUCCAGCUGGCGUCUGAGCCCCGCGGGAGCCGCCCGCCCAGUCCGCGCCGGCCGCCGCCCGCGUCCCGCCAGCAGCUCUCCGACGGGCAGCGCGCCCCCGCCGCGGCCAUGGCGCAGGCUGGCGUCCUCGGCGAGGUGACCCAGGUGCUGUGCGCGGCCGGGGGCGCCUUGGAGCUGGAGGAGCUGCGGCGCCGCUUGCGGGAGGGCGUCGGCAACGACGCGCUGGAGCGGCUGCUGCGGGACCGCGGCCGCUUCGCGGUGGCAGCGAGGGCGGGCGGCGCGGCGGCCUCCGCGCAGCGCGUCGUGGUGGCCGUCUCGGCGCUGCGCCUGUGCCGCGCGUACCAGAGCCCCAAGCCGGGCUGCGUGGGGCUGUGCGCUCAGCUGCACCUCUGCAAGUUCUUGGUCUACGGGGCCUGCAAGUUCAUGAGGGCCGGGAAGAACUGUAGAAACAGUCACAGCUUGACGACAGAUCACAACCUGAGUGUGCUGAGAACUCACGGUGUUGACCACCUCAGCUACAGUGAGCUCUGCCAGCUUUUGUUUCAGAAUGACCCCUGGCUUUUGCCAGAGAUCUGCCUUCAUUACAACAAAGGAGAUGGACCCUACGGCUCUUGUUCCUUUCAAAAGCAGUGUAUCAAACUCCAUAUCUGCCAGUAUUUUUUACAGGGUGAAUGCAAGUUUGGCACUGGCUGUAAGAGAUCUCAUGAUAUCUCUAAUUCUGAGAAUCUGGAGAAACUGGAGAAGUUGGGCUUGAACUCCAAUCUGGUGAACAGGCUGCCUUCCAUAUACAGAAAUGCUCACGACAUCAAGAAUAGGAGCUCCACCUCCAGCAGAGGGCACCCUCCUCCUCCAGGCCCACAGGCCACUUCUGAAAGAAGAGAUAGUUCAGGUUGUGUAUCCCCAGACAAUGCUAACCAGGAGGAGAAUGAUCAGAUCUGCUUGUACCACAUCCGGAAAAGUUGUAGCUUUCAAGAUAAGUGCAAUAAAGUUCAUUUCCAUUUGCCAUAUCGAUGGCAGUUCUUGGACAGAGGCAAAUGGAAGGAUUUGGACAAAAUGGAGCUUAUUGAAGAGGCAUAUAGCAAUCCCAGAAAAGACAGGAUCCUCUGUGCCGAGUCAGCCAGCAACUUUCACUUUGACUGUCUAGACUUUGACUCCAUGAUGUUUGGUGCUGCCCCAGCCCGCCGCCUCUCCACAGCCUCCUCGGUUACUAAACCUCCACACUUCAUCCUCACCACUGACUGGGUUUGGUACUGGACUGAUGAGUUUGGUUCUUGGCAGGAGUAUGGAAGACAAGGCAUGGAGCACCCCGUGACCACCGUCUGCAGCGGCGAUUUGGAGAAGGCCUACCUGGCAUACUGUGCACCUGGGUCUGAUGCCCAGGCAGCCAUUCUGAAGUUCCAGGCUGGAAAGCACAAAUACGAGUUAGAUUUCAAAGCCUUUGUUCAGAAAAACCUGGUCUAUGGCACGGUCAGAAGGGUUUGCCGGAGACCCAAAUACGUGUCUCCCCAGGAGGUGAAGGUGAAGCAAACCUGCAGUGUCAAGUUUCAAGGCCCAAAGAGCAUCCCAGACCAUUGGGACCCCUCGGCCCUGCCAGACCCUGGCUUCAAGAAGAUUGCCCUCAGUUCUGCAUCGGAUGAAUAUCAGAAGGUCUGGAACCUCUUUAACCGCACGCUGCCUUUCUACUUUGUUCAGAAGAUCGAGCGAGUCCAAAAUCUGGCCCUUUGGGAAGUCUACCAGUGGCAAAAAGGGCAGAUGCAGAAGAGAAACGGAGGGAAGGUGGUAGAUGAGAGGCAGCUGUUCCAUGGCACCAGUGCCAGUUUCGUUGAUGCCAUCUGCCAGCAGAACUUUGACUGGAGGGUCUGUGGUCUUCAUGGUACUUCUUACGGCAAAGGGAGCUACUUUGCCCGCGACGCCGCAUAUUCCCACCACUACAGCAAAUCUGACACCAAGUCCCACACGAUGUUCCUGGCCCGGGUGCUGGUCGGGGAGUUCGUCCGAGGCAGCGCCUCCUUCGUCCGCCCCCCGGCCAAGGAAGGCCACGGCAACGUCUUCUAUGACAGCUGCGUGAACAGCAUGUCCGACCCCUCCAUCUUCGUGAUCUUCGAGAAGCACCAGAUCUACCCUGAGUACAUCAUCCAGUACGCCAGCUCCACCAAGCCCGUGGCGGGGGUCUCCACCCUCUUCUCCUUAGCGUCUUUCUUUGGCGGCCGGCAGUGAGCGUGCGGUGAUGCUUUUAGUGCCUUUCAGGCUUCUUGUCCUUGGAGUAGCUAUUUGGGAAAGUUUUCUUCUUUUUUUCUUUUAACAGAAAACUUUUUAAUGAACUGUUCAUUUAGCAUUGACUUCCUGAUGAAGUUACAUUCUUAAUCUCUCACUGAUGAUAGUUUUUAGUUUUAAGCCACUUUUGGGCUCAUUAGUAAACUAACCAGAAGUGACUGUAGGUGGGCCUAUUAUUACUUUUUAGUAGUGUGUUAAAAUUUUAUUAUUUACACUCUUUGUUGACUUGGCAGCUGAUGGGCACCAGGCACAGAGUUUCUAGAUACUAUUUUAUGGAUUGAUUUUAGAUUUAAGUUGCUUUCUCUGCAGUGAGUGGUUUGGUUUUUCAGGGUCUCAGUGGCAUCUCAUUUAAUUUUUUGUCAGAAUGACACAGUAGUCAUCGGUACAGGCGGCAGUCACUGUGUCUGUGGCUCUGGCUCUGAUCCAGGCAGCUCUUCUCCUGGGCUUCUGGCCUUGGAAUGGCCCGUAUAUCACAGGGUUAGAGCAAGUGGCUACUGUGUGGUGUCACCGCAGUCCUGUCAGUUGCCCUGUGUCCUGGCAGGGUCAGCAUCCCUCAGAGGAAGCGCUUUAAUCCUGGCAGGUGACAUGGUCCCCCCAAGGGCCCCAGGCUCUGCCCACCAACACCCGUUGCCACAUCUCCUGAGUACACUGGACACCCUCCAGAUGUGGGUUUUAUGUUCCUGUGAGAUUGGAAUACCUGUGCUGCAAAUGUCACAACAGAGUAUGGAAAUAAAAAAUAUUUAUCUGA